GAAGGCAGAAUCACAACAGAGGCACUACAGCCUUUGACAGCUUUGGUUUGUGCCGCUAAAACACGCUGGUUGUCUGUCGUUAAAACAACGGACAUGUCACGAAAACCCAAAGAGGAAUAUUACCGGUUCUUUACCGUUACUGAGCCUCGCACUCACGAGAAGGGACACACGGAGUACAAAGUGACAGCAAGGUUUGUGUCCAAGCGUCGUCCAGAAGAUGUGAAAGAGGUGGUUGUGUGGAGGAGGUUCUCAGAGCUGAAGAAGCUCCACGGGGAGUUGGCCUACACACACAGGAACCUGUUCAGGAGACAGGAGGAGUUUCCACCUUUUCCCCGUGCACAAGUUUUUGGAAGGUUUGAUGAGGCUGUGAUAGAGGAGAGGAGGAAGGCAGCAGAAGCUAUGCUUUUGUUUACUACCAGCAUACCUGCACUCUACAAUAGCCCACAGCUCAAGGACUUCUUCAGAGGCGGCGAGGUCACAAGACCUCUAGAUCCAACCCCUCUGUCCACAGCCGGGCCUCUGCCUCCUCCUCUCAUCCCCCUCCCAAAGCGGAGGGCCUCAGACUGUGAGCCAGCAGAAGAGGAGGAGGGGAGGGAGGCUCCGACUUUACCCCAGGACCUGGGCACCAACCUGGGCUUAGAAGUAGGAGAACCUGAGGUGGCGGCUGAAGCGUACAGCGAGAUGGGAGGCUCUCCGAAAGAAGAAGAAAGAGAGGAGCUUAGUGAUACAGAUCUGGAUGACAGAGUCCCGUCUCCUGAUCCAUCUGCAUCCAGAAACCACCAAUCGCAAGAGUCCCAGGAAGAGUUUGAUUCACUGUUUUACUCUGUGACUGAAGAGCAAGUCCCAUCCCCAAAGGAAGAAGGUCCACCUCCGCUGUCUGAUAAUGACUUGGCUGUCUUUGAUCCCUGCUAUAAACAAGAUAGAUCCACUUCCUCCAGUGACCACUCAGAAUUGUUCUCACUGCCGCCAACCAGUCUAGAAGGAGGGGACGUGGCUUAUCUGAACCAAGCGGCCACUGAGCUAACAGCUGCCAUGGAGAGGGAGAAGGAGGGAGAAUUUAGUUCUGCCAUUCGUGCAUACAGGACGGCAGUGGAUAUAUUGAUCACUGGAGUACAGGGAGACCCAGAUCCAGUACGCAAAGAGUCAGUGAUGAGAAGGACCGCCCAGUAUCUGAAACACGCUGAGAUGUUGGUGGACAGGCACUCCUCACCCACACACACUCACACAUCUACAAACACACAUGCACAGGACCCAUAGAUGCACACAGAUGUAUUUGUAUACACUGUUCCUACAAAUGAAGACAGAUCAAAGACUAAGCUCAGGGUUGUGACAUACAUACGCAAACAUACAUGUCACACACAUGCAGCCACACCCACACACAUACUCCUUCUGUCUUGAGGAAGAUUCUCAUAGACAUACAUGAGAAGUGAGAAGUGAUGGUCAUUUAGACCAAAACAUUCACAAAUAUCACAUCUAUCAGGUGCAAAAGCACAGAACACACUCACACGCACAUACGUGAACACACACUCCUGAGGUACACACUACAGUGCAGACUGUUUCUUUAGCUGCCUUUGUUUAGUAAAAAAUCAGUGAUUUACAGAAGCUAAGUAUCUGGAAAGUGAAAGUAACUGUAAAUUUAACUGGAUUAAUGGAUAAACAAUCCUUCAUCUCUCUCUUUCUCUUUCUCUUGUUUAAUUAUUACCUUCCUUUUACAAUCUUCUCUCGUUGAAUACAGUAAUGUGUCUGUAUAUUACGUAAUUUGCA